AUGAGCCUAACGUUUCAUUUCCACGUUUGGCUAAGGCUUCUUCAAUGGCUGCUACUGCUUUCCUCCUGCGCUCCCUGCACUUCUCUCCUGCAGAACCCCGUAACACUCCGCAUGAAAAAUCCCAUCGGUCGGCGUAUCUCCUGUGGAAGAUGAUGAAAGGACCAAGAAGGAGAAGCCAAGCGGUUGCUGCUUACAACAGCGAUGGAAAUGGGGAUCUGGAAGGUGACAAGAAGCAAUCUUCUUUCAGACCUUUCGGUUUUGUUACCGACAACCCCUCCAGUCGCAGCGCAAUCCAGCUCCCGGAGAGUCCAGCCGAGGACGGAAACGUCGGCCAGAUGCUCUACAGGAUAGAAGAUAAAGGCAGGGAUUAUGGAUCAUAUGUAGAAUCUGGAAAUUUGCGUUGGUUUGUGCGAGAAACUGGAUCUUCUUCACAACGGGGGAUCAUCUUGUUUAUUCAUGGGGCUCCAACCCAGUCAUAUAGUUAUCGAGAAGUAAUGUCUCAGAUGUCUGGUGCUGGUUUUCACUGCUUUGCUCCUGAUUGGAUUGGAUUUGGUUUCAGCGACAAACCUCAACCAGGAUAUGGGUUCUCAUACACAGAAGAAGAAUUUCACAAAGAAUUUGACAAACUUCUUGAUACGCUAAAUAUCAACUCGCCUUUCUUCCUAGUGAUUCAGGGAUAUCUUGUUGGAUCAUAUGGAUUGACUUGGGCCCUCAGGAACUCUGAUAAAGUCUCCAAGAUUGCCAUUCUCAACAGUCCGUUGAGUGUUCAAUCAUCUUUACCUAGCUUGUUUCAAAAACUAAGAAUCCCUCUAUUUGGAGAGUUUACGUGUCAGAAUGCUAUAAUGGCUGAACGUUUUAUCGAAGCAGGUAGCCCUUACGUACUGAAGUUGGAGAAGGCUGAUGUUUAUCGGCUACCUUACUUGGCAAGCAGUGGCCCUGGGUUUGCACUGCUUGAAGCAGCAAGAAAAGCAAAUUUCAGGGACAUAUUGAACAGAAUAACAACCGGAUUGUCAUCUGCAAAUUGGAGCAAACCAAUACUUGUUGCAUGGGGGGCAUCUGACAAGUAUUUGCCCAUUUCUGAAGCUGAGGCAUUUCAGAAAACUAAUCCUGAAGCCAUCCAGCUUAAGGUGAUAGAAGGAGCUGGUCAUAUGCCACAAGAGGACUGGCCUGAGAAGGUUGUUGAAGCUCUUAGAAGGUUUCUGUGAAUAAAGCCACAAAUGACUCUUAUUGAGAUUUUGCCUAUUAUUGAACAAUUUGCUCUAUGACCAGCUCUUGCUUAUCUAUAUUAUACUAUCUUGAAGAUGGGACAGUUCAUGGAGAUUUUGAGUUUGUAAGUGAAACAGACAAAUCUCAUUUCUCUCGGCCACUCUCUCUUUCAACCAUCUCACCACCAUUGCCUCAUGUAAGCUAAAGCUUUUACAAAAAUAUGUAUAAAAUAUAAUUUGCAUAUCUAUAUUAUACUGUGUCCUAUAACUUGAAAUGAUGGUUGAAAUUAGAAUGGAAAGUCAUUCGAUCCUAA